AUGUGUAACACCAGCUGCUCCUCAGGCUGCCAGCCCUCCUGCUGUGUGUCCAGCCCCUGCCAGGCGUCCUGCUGUGUCCCCGUGAGCUGCAGGCCGGUCCUGUGUGUGGUGCCCUCCUGCCAGUCCUCCUGCCAGACCUCUGGGUGCUGCCAGCCCUGCUGCCAGUCCUCUGGGUGCUGCCAGUCCUCUGGGUGCUGCCACCCCGUGUCCUGUGCCCCCUCUUCCUGCUGUGUGUCCAGCCCCUGCCAGGCGUCCUGCUGCGUCCCUGUGAGCUGUAGGCCGGUGCUGUGCGUGGUGCCCUCCUGCCAGUCCUGCUGCCAGUCCUCUGGGUGCUGCCAGCCCUGCAGCCAGUCCUCUGGGUGCUGCCAGCCCUCCCUGCUCUGCAGCCCCGUGCCCUGUGCCCCCUCCUCCUGCUGUGUGUCCAGCCCCUGCCAGGCGUCCUGCUGCGUCCCCGUGAGCUGCAGGCCGGUGCUGUGCGUGGUGCCCUCCUGCCAGUCCUCCGGGUGCUGCCAGUCCUCUGGGUGCUGCCAGUCCUCUGGGUGCUGCCAGCCCUCCCUGCUCUGCAGCCCUGUGCCCUGUGCCUCCUCCUCCUGCUGUGUGUCCAGCCCCUGCCAGUCCUCCUGCCAGUCCUCCGGGUGCUGCCAACCAUCCCGCUCUGCCCUGCUCUGCAAGCCCGUGUCCUGUGGGACCCCGUCCUGCUGCUGAGCCCGGCUCUGCCAGCUGUGCCGCCUGCUGUCCCCCUGCACAGGUCCUGGCUGUGCCCUGGGCUCUGCCCCAGAGGAUGAGAAGUGGUCUCAGGCAUCCUCUGAGUGGGGCAGGGACCAGGGCUCGCCCAGUGCCCCCUGUCCUGACUGAGCCCCCCCCCCCUACACCUCCUGUGAGCAAAUAAACCUGCUUCCUGCACCCGUC